CUUAUGAGAACAAAAUCUAAAAUCAAUAGAACUUUCAAAUGAAAACAAGUUUCAAGUUAGAGUACAAAAUGAAGUUACAAAGUAAAAGUUCUUGCAUUGGCCAUUUAAUAGACCCAGGCCUUAGUAAAUGUGUGUCCUCAUGUUGUUUGCUGUGUUCAGGGGGAGGGGGGGGGGGGGGUAGUAUUACUGUAUGUUUUGGGCCUAAUGUGUCAGAAUAAUAUAAGAACAAUAGUAAGUAAAAUAAGAAAAAGGUCAAGCUUCAUAAAUAUGUAUGAGGUCUAACGUCAUCAAAUGAAGUAACAAAUGUUAAGUGUAGAGGAACAUUUUACUGAAACAUCCACACUGUACAACCCUGUUUCCACACUCCACAACCACAACGCUGUAGAGUCUACAGUGUUGACGUCGUGUAUAGGCCCUAUAUCCUGCUGUAGGCCUGCUCCUUCAGAGUGUUGUGAUGAGACCAGUAGUUAGUGAUCAGUCCCGAGGGCAAACCAAUCCAAAUCCGAGUGGCCCAUUGGCCCACGAUCUGGGGAGGUCUUCUGAGAGGACCAACAGGUAAUCCACCUCUCCGGGUUCACGCAGUGAGACACCUCAUCUCCCAAUGACGCCACUGGUUAGAGCGAAGGGUACCCAUAGUGGUCUUUACAUCUUAACUGGAACUCUUCCGUCAUUCAAAAGCAAAAGGGAUGAGUUUCCAUACCGUCGCGUUAACGCCGUUUUCAGUCAAGGACAUACUUCAGCUGGACCUUUAUCACACAUCUGAGGACCGGCUCCUGCUGUCUGCUCGUGCCGCCUCCAUGCCCCGUUUGGACGUCGCCCGACCGGAAGGCGCUCUCGCCAGGCUGGAGAGUGAUUGCGGGGAUCAGCGCGUUUCGGGGACGCCGUGGAAACGCACCGGGAACCUCGAUACCCGGAGAACCCUGUUGUUACCAGAAGUUAAAGCUAAUGACCGGGAAACAAGCGGCCACUACAUUUCUCCUCGCCCCGUGAAGCCCAAGGCCGCACCGCCACCACGGCCUCGCGUUCUGUUCUCCGCGGCUCAGGUGGCGCAGCUGGAGCAGCGCUUCACGCAGCAGCGCUACCUCUGCGCGGAGCAGCGGAACGUCCUGGCGCACCUGCUGGAGCUGACGUCCACGCAGGUCAAGAUAUGGUUUCAGAACAGGAGGUACAAAUGCAAGCGGCAACGGCAAGACCAGUCGUUGGAGCUAGCGGGCUACCCGGCCCUCUCACACCACCCGAGGAGAGUGUCGGUCCCGGUGUUGGUCCGGGACGGGCAGCUCGUCUGCCAGGCCGCAGGGGCCCGUGCAGCGGCAGGGCAGAGCGGUGGGGCCCUCGGUCCCUCCGGUCCCGGCUGUGGAUAUUACCGCCACACCGACGCCUUGUACGGCUACAACAACAACAACAACAACAACAACAACAACAACAACAACAACAACAACAACAACAACAACGUGUCUGUCGCUUGUCUCACCCACCUAACCGCCGCUCAGACGGCUGACCGCCACCCGGCUGACCUGGGCCUGGUGGACACUCGUUACGGACCUUCUAACGGGACGUUCAGCUUCGGACACAUUCAGCCGUCAAGAGGUUGGCUCGAUUAGAAUGAGUUCAUAGAAAUCUAGCAUCGAUUUGGAAUAUUCAUUGUAAUUUUUUAAUUGCUUUGCUUUUUUAAAUAUUAAUUUGCCAAUUAGUUGAAAUAAAACGAC